GUUGUCGCAUUUCCGCGCUGCUGGUCUUAAAGGAGACGCAUCCUAAACAGGCUCAUUCUCGGUUAAAGAAAAUAAUAGGUUUGCUAUAGCUUUAAGAAGUAAAUCAUGCUGAAUGCUAGUACAAUUGUAUUUAUCAUACAACGUAAGUUUUUAUUUAUGAAUAAGCUAGUUAAUUAAAUGCGUUCGUGGGGACUACGUUUACUCUUGAGCGAGCUAACAAAACUUGGUCCCAACAGGGCCUUAACGUCAACGUUACGUUGUCUGACAGGCUACAUUUCUGUUGAUAACUGACGUUGGUUAACUAGCUAAUUACAAAAGGUCCGUAAGGGUCGUAAUAGUGGAUAAGAGCAGUAUGGACUCGGAAGUAGACGAGGUUUUAGGUACUCGUCCUGGGAGUGACAGAACCGGCGACUCAACGGAGGCCACCAAACCAUCACCGGACUCGAGUGAACCGCCAACCGGGAGAAGGGGAAGUAAAAGGCUGGUGAAAGCCGCAGUCAGCGCCCCAGGCUCCGGUGACUCUCAGCCCGGGGUUCGUGUGUUGCGAGCCCGGGGAGCUGAAGCUAGCAGGACCAACGUCAACGAGUCCAAGCGCAAGACUACGGUUAUGCACCGGGGACGUGGGAGACCCGCGGGACCACGUCCCAAAACCACACCGGUCCCGAAACCUCAGAUAAAGAAAUCCACUGCCAAAAAAGCAUCCAGACGCACUCUUGGACCAAAGCUGUCCAAAUCUAGAAAAGGCAAAGGGAGACCUCCAACCCAAGUCUCUCGCAUCCCCCCAGCAACAGCAUGCAAGCCUGAAGUGGAGAUGGAGGCUUCUGUGUGUGAAGAGGAAAGGGGUUCUUUCAAAGGAAGCGAUGACAGCGUUGCAGAUCCAGAUGCGGCUCUUGAUGAGGAUCCCUCGUUCGGAGAUGACCUAAGUGACCUCGUCUAUAACCCCGAGACUAAGACGGAAAAAUCAAGGCGCCGUAGGACGUUAAAACAAAAGGAAGUCAAGAAGGAGGAGUCCGAAAAUGAGGAGGAAGAAGACGACAUUAAAAAGGAAGAAACAACCGAGAUUGUGGUGCAGAGUGAAGCCGGUGUAGGCAAUAACACAGAGCCCCCCAGGAAGAGAGGUAGACAACAGAAAGAUGACAAAGUCCCUCGGCCACCAAAACAAAGGAAAAAGCCCCCCGUGCAGUACGUCCGCUGUGAAAUCGAGGGCUGUGGGACUGUAUUGGCCCACCCACGCUACCUACAGCACCAUAUCAAAUACCAGCACCUGCUUAAAAAGAAGUACGUGUGUGAUCACCCCUCCUGUGGGCGCUUGUUUCGUCUGCAGAAGCAGCUGUUGCGCCAUGCUAAACAUCACACAGAUCAGAGAGACUACAUCUGUGAGUUCUGUGCUCGGGCCUUCAAGAGCUCCCACAACCUGGCCGUGCACAGGAUGAUCCACACAGGAGAGAAGCCCAUACAGUGUGAGAUCUGCGGCUUUACCUGCCGUCAGAAGGCCUCCCUAAACUGGCACAUGAAGAAGCACGAUGCAGGAGCAUCCUACCAGUUCUCCUGCUCCAUUUGUAGCAAAAAGUUUGAGAAAAAGGACUCUGUGGUUGCCCACAAGGCCAAGAGCCACCCUGAGGUGCUCAUAGCUGAAGCCCUAGCAGCUAAUGGGGGCUCAGUGAUAAGCAGUCCCAUCCCAAUCCCAGAAGCGGUCCCAGUCCUCACCCCGACCCCAGAGACUGUCCCGGUGCUCCUUCCAACUCCAGAGACUGUCCCGGUGCUCGCCCGGUCCGACCGACCCCCCGUCAGCCAGGGGAACCACGACGGGGUGACCAGUACUCUCACUCCGCUGCAGCAGGUGGUGCUCCCGCUCGCUCCACAGACUCACUUAGAUGGAUCUCAGGGUCAGUUCCUCCACCUGCCCGCGCAACAUGUGGUGCAGGUGGCACCUCAGCAGCAGGUCCCCGCCUUGCUGCACCUCACCACUGCUUCUCCCGCUCACCUCUCCAGCAUCAGCCAUCCCCAGCUCAUCCACCUCUCCACCGUUCCCUCCAGCACUGUUGCCGACACACAGAGCACCCUCCUCACCCUGAGCUCCGUCAGCACGCUGGCCUCCACGGCCUCCCUGGCUUCCCAGCAGGCUCUGCAGUGGGGCAGGGAGACCCAUGAGGACACACAGCUGCCCGGGGAGGGGGAGCUGUGGGACAGGGUGGUGGUGGGGGGCGGUCAUCAGGAUGUGGAGGAAAUGAUUUGGGAGGAAAACGAGGAAAGGAGGAAGGAAGAUGGAGGCAUUGUGUGGGAGAGAGAGAGAGGAAGACAGAUUAAUUUACAGUGUGCCGAAGUUCAGGAAGAUGGUUUAAUCUAGCUAGAAGGCCAUAAAACGUCUUUAUUUAAGAAAGGAACAAAAGACUGAAGGACCUGUCAAAAUGUAAAAAG